AUGGUGAUGACGGAGAUGCAUCGAGGCAGUUGUCAUGGAAGGGACAAUGCCGAAGUCGAUGUAGUCAAGGCUGUCGCAGAUGUAGAAGAAAGGCAACAACACAAUCAAGGAGGCGAAGGCGCGUGGGAGGCCGCGCGGAAGGCAUGUGGUGAGGCGGAUGCUUUUGCUAUCCAAAGCAAUGAGCGUGGAAUUGUUGCUCGUGACAGCGGUGCUUUUGCAUGGGAGAUUGUUCCGAUUGAAGUUCCCGUUGGGAGAGGAAAACCACCUGUACUUAUUGAGAAAGAUGAAAGCCUGGAUAAGUUUGACCCAGCAAAACUGAAGAAACUUCGCCCAAGUUUCAAGGAGAAUGGUGGUACCGUUACAGCUGGAAAUGCUUCUAGUAUAAGUGAUGGGGCUGCUGCAUUAGUUUUGGUGAGUGGGCAGAAGGCUCAAGAGCUUGGCCUGCAAGUCCUUGCAAGGAUCAGAGGAUAUGCAGAUGCAGCUCAAGCUCCGGAACUCUUUACAACCACCCCAGCACUUGCGAUACCAAAGGCUAUAGCAAAUGCUGGAUUAGAGUCAUCCCAUGUUGAUUUUUAUGAGAUUAAUGAAGCAUUUUCGGAAAAGAUUAACGUUCAUGGAGGAGCUGUAUCUUUAGGGCAUCCUCUUGGGUGCAGUGGUGCUCGCAUUUUGGUCACCCUUCUUGGUGUUCUCAGCAUGAGCAGGCUGGGCACGACGGAAGCCGUCGUCCCGCUCCUGACGGAGUCCUAG